GAAGUAAUCGAUGUUCUUAUCGCUUCUUAGGCAGCUCUAGUUGCCGAACUUGUAAAGAGCAAUAAAUUUUUUUGAUUCAAAAAAAAUUGUUAGUUAAUAAUUUGUACACUAGUGUAAUAUUCAUUUGUGUGUGAUUUUUUGUGAGCUUUCUAUAGUCCCAAUCAUCCAAACGAAGGCAGCCGUUUCGCGUUUCCAAUCUGCACAAAACUAAAACGUGCCGGGUUUAACUCAAGCGGCAUUUGGGGAACAUAAAAAACAGAAAGAAAGAAGAAAAAACAAAGCGUGCGCGUUGCUUGCGGCUCGCUGUAAUUAGGUUAAAAGAGACGACACAGGCAGUGGCAGCAUAACAACAGCACCAGCGGCGUGUGGUUAGAUUGAGUAGAGUGUGUCGUCAAAAUAAUAAAAAAAUAAAUACCAUGGCACAGCAGGGCAUGGAUUCCGCAUUAUUUGAACGGCGAUUGCGACCGGUUUAUGACAACUUGGAGGUGGGUAACAAUCGUAAAGCACUGCAGGAAUCGGAAAAGUUGCUACGUAAGCAUCCAAAUUUAUUAUGCGCACGUGCUCUAAAGGGUUUGUCGUUGCUCCGCUUGGGCCGCUACGAAGAGAGCCAUGGCUGUUUGCAGGUUGUCGCCCAGGAGAAACCCAUCGACGAUUCCACGUUACAGGUGCUCUCCUUCUGCUACCGGGAAAUGGAGCAACUUGACAAAAUCGUUGAGCUUUAUCAACACGCUGUUAAACAGAAUCCCGGCAAUGAGGAACUGUUGGCACAUCUUUUCGUUUCACAUGUCCGUGUCGAGGAUUACAAAGCCCAGCAGGCGGUCGCAUUGCAGCUGUACAAAGCGCAGCCAAAGAAUGCCUAUUACUUUUGGUCCGUUAUCAGCGUGGUAUUCCAAGGGAUUCGUGGUCCCGAAUCGGCAAUACCUGAGAAACGUAAACUUUACUUGGCAUUGGCUCAACGUAUGGUCGACAAGCAUAUUAAGGAGGGCAAAAUGGAAACUGAGCAAGAGGCAUUUCUCUAUUUGCACAUAUUGAAACUGCAAAACAAGCACCAAGAGGCCUGGGAAUUUCUUACUGGCGAAUUGUGUGCAAAGCUUUAUCCUGGUGCGCCAGUUAGCAUGAAGUUUGAACUGCUUAAGGAGCUAGGCAACUGGAAGGCGCUGAAUGAGCUGCUACAGCAGCUCUUAGAGGCAGAUCGAGAUCGCUGGGAUUACUACAAAGAAUAUCUGCAGAGCUGCUUUGAACUGAUCAAAAGUACUCCUACUACCGAAGAGGGCACUCCAAAUGACACGCUAAACUCUUGCCAUAAGUUUUUGCUGCACAUCAUUGAAUCAUCGACGCGCAAGACACGCGGUCCAUAUCUGGCACGACUUGAUCUGCAUAAAAGAAUGCGCGCCAUUCAACUGCCAGCAAAGGAACUUGUUGGGGACUUUGAUGAUCUUAUCAUUGAGUACUUUGUUCUAUUUGGUGACAAAUCGUGUUGCACACAUGACAUCGCGCUCUUUCUGCCCUCAAUCAGCAUGGAACAACGUCAGGCACUGGCUAACAAACUGCUUGCUGAGAGCGGCAUUAGUUCAACAUCAUUGCCUCAAACAAAAGAGCAUAUGCAAAAGCAUAUUUGCGCCUUGCAAAUCUCACGCAUGUGCGGCGUUCACAUCGAGUUGUCCGUGGAUCAUCUUUUAGCCUUUUAUACGGCACUUAAACUGCACUAUGAGCAUGGAUACAGUUCAUUUGGCACGCAGCUAUUGUCAACGGAAAUGGGACCCUCAGAUCCAUAUGCUUUGCUGGCAGCCAAUGUCAUGUACGAUAUAUCGUUUCGAGAACAAAAAUCGGAUCAACUCUUCGAGGCUUUGUGCUUACUUCAAUAUGUUUUGAGGAAUAGCACGAGCAACUUUCACGUGAAACUGCUUAGCCUGAAAAUCUAUCAUAUGUUUGGCUGCAUGCUUGGCGCCCAGGAAAUGUAUGACUAUCUGGAUAUUAAACAAAUUCAAUUGGACUCGAUGGGUUAUGUGCAUUGCAAUUUGCUGCCUCUUUCUGGUCGUUUUUCUGGUGUGCGCACUUGUUACGAUUCCACUUUGAAGUUCUUCACAAACAGCUACAAGGAGCGUCUGGAAUAUAUUGCACUAACUUAUCGCUUCUGCACGUUCUCCAAAAUGGAGGAGUUUAUGAACUUCAAGGAACGCCUGACAAACAGUUUACUGUAUGUGGCAUGCUCAGUUGAAGCGCAGCUCUGUGAUUUGGUGAGCUGCUAUGGCAAUGUACAGCAAAAUCUGACAGCCUAUGUAACAAUGAGUAUUGAGCCCGCUGACGAUCGAAUUGCAUGGAACGAGCUAAGCGAUAAUCGUGACUUGGAGGCCAUUAUACGAUGGGACCCAUUGCACUUGGUUGAUGCUGAAGCUGCUCGAAAGGAGUCGUACGAUCAGGAGAUUGAAGUGCUACAAAUACGUUCACUGCUGCUGCGCUUGUUUGCCUCGUUUAUUGACUUGUAUCAUGCACCGCCUACUGCCAAAUUGGACAUGUCGAACUCGAAGACGCCCUUAGAACCGCCCGUCGAAGAUACUGCCACAAUAGAGCUACUGCGCGAGUCAUGGACAGGCCUCCAUCAGCGACUACGACUUAUGAAUUAUAAGCCACUUUCGCAACAAUUUCUAGUCAAUUUGUUGCCCACGCGGCUGCACCUGCUGCUUGAACUGCCCUACGAACGUUUCUUCGAUGAUUUGGCCCAAUUUGUGCUUGAUCUUUACGCUGGUGCGCCACAACUGGCGAUGCAAUGCAAGCGGAUGAGUGAAAAUGUGGUUGCCGUCAUGGAAUUAUGCGUUCAGACCAUCACAGAAAGUAAUGAAUGGAAUAGCAAGGACGGACUAUGGAAGCGACGCAGUCACCAACAAAAGGUGGCGGCUUGCCUGGAGAUACUUUCACUUUAUGCCUUCCUGUUAUCGGUACUAAACGACAAGCUGCAAGCCAGCGCGAAAACAAAAACAAAAAAGAAGCCUACGGGAGAUAACAAGACACAGGACACGCCACAGAUUAUCAGUGAAAAAGAGCGCAGUCAAAUGCUGCAGGAAUUGAUGCGUCAAUUAAAACACAAACUCGAAGCCUGCGACAGCGCCUUACGAUCUUGGAAGCCACCAAAUUUGCCGCGAGAGCUUAGUUCCUUUAUGGCAGACAUGUCAUUGAAACCGGAAGUUGAGGCAACACUUAUUGGCGAUGUGUCCGCCACAUUUAAGGAGUCUCAUGAGGUGAUGGUUACCGAGCUGCGCAAUUUGAUAAAGGAUAAAAUUCGCAUAGUGGGCAAAUAGAGUUGCCUCUGACUUUGCUGUGCAAAGUCAUGAUCACCAUUGCCCAUCUCCAUUGUCUCCCACAAUCAGUCUUUCAAUCAACUAGCCCAGUUUGUUAUUUAAUAUUUUAAAAUACAAGGCAAUAAAUAUGCCGAGAUCGAUCCAACUUCUAUAAUAACUUACGAGUAUAAUCACCAAUCAAAUUAUAAACUUGUGCACUUUUCCACUUACCCAUUUUUCGGCAUUUUUAUACAACAGGUAACGAGUUGUAAACUUGCUUAACAAGAAGUGUAUGAUUCAUAAGUUGAAAUUAAACCAGAACAAAUUAG